UAUGUUUUGAGAAGCUUAGAGACUGAACAUGUGGCUCGCUGUGUCUCAGGAGAGGGACCGCUGAGCUGCAGAGAGGGACAGAGGCAAGAGGAGGCAGCCUGAAAAGAGGAAGCACGACUUGCUUAUCGCGUCAUUCUGGGUUCAGGCGUUGAGCAGGAAACAGCCUUUUCCUCUUGGAUUGUCGCCGAUACAGGAACAAACACAACAUUUUUGUCUUUGCUCAAUGCACCCCUCGGCACAGAACACGCGGAAGCCGGUCAGAAGGAAGAAUGCCUCCUUCUUCCAUGGAGAUAGCCGUCCUGCUCCUCGGCGUCCUGGCUUUGGAGACGCGCCGGAGCGCCAGCGCGCUGCACAUCCAACAGGCGUACGCGUCUCCAAACCGCACCAAUAACUUCGCGGUGGACCCGGUGUCCAGGAAGGUCUACCUGGCCACGGUGAACACGAUUUACCAGCUCAACGGGACCUUGAGCGUGGAGGUGGAGAAGAGGACGGGGCCGGUGGAGGACAACCUGUUGUGCCAUGCGCCGCAGCUGCCCCAGGCUCCGUGCGAGCAUCCCAAGUCCCUCACGGACAACCACAACAAGCUGCUGAAGCUCGACCGGGACCAGGGGGUGGUGGUGGUCUGCGGGUCCGUCUAUCAGGGCUUCUGUGAGCUGAGAAGGAUGGGGAACAUUUCGGAGAUCGCGGUGGAGUUCCCGCCGCAGGGCGAGAGGACGGUUUUCCCCAGCAUGCUCAACAUCGCCGCCAACCACCCGAACGCGUCCACGGUGGGGCUCAUCUUCAAGAGCCACGAGGGGAACACCCGGCUUCUGGUGGGGGCCACGUACACGGGGGCUGGGACCCAGUUCUUCCCCAAGAACCACAGCAAGGAGGACCUGCGCUUCGAGAACACCCCGGAGAUCGCCAUCCGCUCCCUGAACGUCAAGGACCUGUCCAGACUCUUCACCUACGACAUCAACCCCUCGGAGGACAACGUGUUCAAGAUCAAGCAGGAGGUCAAAACUAAAAACAAGCUCAACUUCGUGCACGCCUUCAUCCAGAAGACUUACUCCUACAUUGCCUUCAACAACGACGCCAUAACGGACCGAAAGGAGAACCAGCCCAGCAGCAUCCUGUCCAGGAUCUGUCUGGAUACCGAGAGUCCCCGAAAGCCCACCGGGCCGGAGAGCAGGAAGCUCACCGAGUCCUACAUCCAGAUGCCCCUGCAGUGUGGGCUCAGCGGGAACGUCUACAACCGGCUGCUGUCCGUCUACCCCGCAGAGGUCCGCGUGCCGGGGGGCGCGAGGGGCCCGGAGCCCUACCUGUUCGGGGUGUUCUCCAAGGCGGACAGAACGUCGGCCCUGUGCGCGUUUAGGUUCGGGGACAUCGAGGAGGAGAUCCGUCAGGGCCGCAGAAACUGCUCCAACUCCCCCAGCAGCGACGUGCAGGUGCUGGACAGCGUCAUCCAGGGCUCUGGGGCCGCCUGCAUCCAGAAGGAUAACCUGGUGUUGCAGUCCGAGCAUCUGGACUGCGGCGCAGCCCACCUGCAGCACCCCCUGGCCAUACGGAGGCCCCUCAGGGCCGUUCCUCUGCUCGAAUGGCCGGGCCUCAGCUCAGUGGCGGUGGACAGCGUGCACGACCACACCGUUGUUUUCCUGGGAACCAGCAACGGGCGGCUUCGUAAGCUGACCCUCCUGGCAAACAAGACCUUGGCCAAUCUGACGCUGCCAGCCAGUGAAGCAGUCCACCACAUCAUGACCUUUGACCCCAACGACAGCAACUUCCUUUAUGUCAUGACCUCUCACCACAUGCUGAGAGUGAAAGUGGCACAGUGUGACCAGUGGAAGAACUGCAGAGACUGUUUGGGAGCAGGAGACCCCCACUGUGGCUGGUGCACGUUAGAGAACAGAUGUAGCAUCCAGAAGGAAUGUGCUCGAGGACUGCUGGCUCGCUCCUGGAUCCCUGUGGGUGAAGGCCCCCAGCAGUGUCCUUCCAUCACCCUGACGCCCCCGGAGAUCAGCAUCUCCGCCGACAUCAAGGAUGUUGGCAUCCUGAUAAACGGCAGCGUUCCUGAUCUGACUGGCUCACGGGUGGAGUGCGAGUACAGGCCGGGGGUCUCUUCAGCUGCCACCUUACACCUGCACGGUCCCGCUCAGAUCCAAACAUGCCCCUUACUUCCUCGAGAAAACUACCAACCCAUCCCUCCUGGCACAGAUCACAUGACUGUUUCGGUGGCGAUAAAAGUUAAUGGCACACCUGUGGUAUCUGGGAGCUUCAUCAUCUACGACUGCGAGAGGACCGGCGCGAUACACCCAAAGACAUCAUGCACGAGCUGCCUGAGCACAAGAUGGAAGUGUUACUGGGACCAAGAGAACCACCUAUGUCUCUCCAAUAAAGAUGAUUCAAAGCAUCACCUGAUAGAAAGUGCUGCUUCCUGUCCCCACUUGAUAGCCUCAGACGUUCCUCCAUCGCCGUCGGGAGCGGCCCAGGACUUCACCCUCUCCCUGAGCAACAUCCAGGAGAGGGUGAAGCUGGACUGUGACUUUGGAACCGAGCAGCAGUACGAGGCCAUAUGGCUGGACAACUCAACUGUCAAGUGCACUGGGGUGACGCUGUCCACUAGCCAGAGGAGUCAGGUUUACCACCUCAACCUCAGGAGGAGAGUGUACUUUAGCAGUCAGAGGAAGGAUAUAUUUCUUGACAGCCCUCAGCCCAUGAAAGUGGAGGUGUAUAACUGUGGAGUGGGCAGCUCAGACUGCUCCCAGUGUUGGGGCCGCGAGGAUCAGGGACACCUCUGUGGCUGGUGUGAAAACAGCUGCAGGCUGAGGGAUGACUGUCAGCCAGUCAGGGACCAGUGUCCUGCUCCUGAGAUCUACAAGAUCUCCCCCCUGAGGGGUCCGACUGGAGGAGGGACCCUGAUCACGGUACAAGGCAGGAACCUGGGCCGAAGACCUGCGGGGGUCCAGAUCCUCAUUGGCGAUGUUCCUUGUGAUCUGCUUCCUGAGAGUUACGCCGUCUCUGUAGAGCUCGUGUGUCGCACUGGGAGGUCUGUACAUGACAGGAUGGAGUUUGUCCAAGUGGACGUGGAUCAGAGUGGAACAGGGACAUCAAAGGAGAAGUUUUCAUAUUUAGUUCCAAAGCUGCAGUCCAUUGCGCCAGAAAAAGGCUCUCGUGCCGGAGGAACCAGAGUCAUCCUUACUGGGAAACAUUUGGAUAUUGGCUCUCAGGUUAGAGUCAAGGUCAACAACACACUGGAAUGCAACAUCACAGAGAAAACAGAUGAAACCAUUGAAUGCAUCAUGCCUCCAGCCCUGCAGGCGCACGCUGAGUCAGUGGUAGUGUGUGUGGAGUUUGAGGACCGUCCUUGUGAUGGUUUGGAGCUCAGCACCACUUACACCUACGAGAAGAACCCCACUAUUGUCUCCAUCCAUCCGAAAAAGACCUUCCUCAGUGGUGGCAGGACCAUCACUGUCACCGGUCAGGGUUUUGACCUGGUGCAGAGCGUCACCAUGGAGGUACUGGAAAUUGGGCAAACGCCCUGUGCCGUGCUCUCCCCCACCACCAUCACCUGCCCAUCCCCGUCCUCCAGUCAGUCCGAGGAAACCUCUGUGCAGUUCAUCCUGAAUGGAGUCAUCUACACUGGGGACAGCCCGUCCUCCUCUAAAAACGAGGCAGAGGAGGAAAAUGGGGAACCUCAAAAGGGUAGAUUCCUAUUGGAGUAUGUGGAGGACCCUCAGUUCUUCACCGCCAACAAGGAGAAGCUGAUAAAACACCAUUCAGGAGAGCCGCUGACGCUCAUCAUUAAUAAAGUGCCGAGCGACCUGGAGCUGCAGCUGGAGGAAUACUCAGUGAUGAUUGGCCCCUAUCCCUGCAACAUCAGCUUCCAUAAUGACCAGCUGUUCCACUGCACCAUCAACGGACUGCUGAGCUCCAGCGAGAGCGAGCUGCCCGUCACUGUGCAAGUAGGGAACUUCCAUAAAACUAUCGCCAGAGUGCAGCUCGGCGGCAGCGAGCUGGCCAUCGUGGUCUCCAUUGUGGUGUGCUGUGUUCUUCUGCUGCUGUGCACAGUGGGCUUUGCAGAGCUGCAAACAGACAUGACAGAUCUGACCAAGGAGCUGAAUCGCAGCCAGGGCAUCCCCUUUUUGGAGUACAAACAGUUUGUCACGCGCACGUUCUUCCCCAAGAUGUGCUCGGAUUACGAGAAGAGUCUGGUCCAGCCCACCUACGAGAAUGACUCUCUGGGACCUCGAGCGCUUCCAGAGACCCACCCUCUUCUGCAGGACUGGCAGGCCACCAACACAACACGGCCUAACGUGGAGGAGGGCAUCACUCUGUUCUCCACUCUGCUCAACAACAAGCACUUCCUCAUCACGUUUGUCCACGCCUUGGAGCAGCAGAAGGACUUUGCUGUUAGAGACAGAUGCAGCCUGGCAUCCCUGCUCACCAUCGCCCUCCAUGGUAAGCUCGAGUACUACACCAGCAUCAUGAAAGACCUGCUGGUGGAUCUGAUCGACGCUUCGGCCUCCAAGAACCCCAAGCUGAUGCUGCGGCGCACGGAGUCGGUCGUGGAGAAGAUGCUGACCAACUGGAUGUCCAUCUGCAUGUACAGCUACCUAAAGGAAACAGUGGGUGAGCCUUUUUUCCUGCUGCUCUGUGCGAUCAAGCAGCAGAUCAACAAGGGCUCCAUAGACGCCAUCACCGGGAAGGCCCGCUACACCCUCAACGAGGAGUGGCUGCUGCGGGAGAACAUCGAGGCCAAGCCACAGAACAUCAACGUGUCCUUCCAGGGCUGUGGCAUGGACUCACUGUCAGUCAGAGUCAUGAAUACUGACACCAUCUGCCAAGUUAAAGAAAAAAUCAUCGAAGCCUUUUAUAAGAAUCUGCCUUUCUCCCAGUGGCCUCGAGCAGAGGAUGUGGACCUGGAGUGGUUUGACUCGGGCAGCAACAGUAAGCUUCUGCAGGACCUGGACAACUCCUCGGUGAUGGAGGACGGUCGGAAGAAGCUCAACACGGUCUUCCAUUACCAGGUUCAAAGAUCUGGAUACAGAGAAAUAUGUACACUUGGUUCUACCUCAUGAUGAGCUAAUAGAGACCAAGAGGUCCCACAGACACAGCCACCGCAAGAAAGUCCUGCCAGAGAUCUAUCUGACACGCCUGCUGUCCACAAAGGGAACUCUGCAGAAGUUCUUAGAUGACCUCUUUCAGGCCAUCCUCAGCAUUCCUCUGGACCGCCCGCCUCUGGCUGUCAAAUACUUCUUUGACUUCCUCGAGGAGCAGGCCAACAAACGGGGCAUCACAGACCCAGACACCCUGCACAUCUGGAAAACGAAUAGUUUACCGCUGCGGUUCUGGGUGAACAUCCUGAAGAACCCUCAGUUUGUGUUUGACAUUGACAAGACGGAUCACAUGGACGCCUGCCUGUCCGUCAUCGCUCAGGCUUUCAUCGACGCCUGCUCCAUAUCUGACCUGCAGCUAGGCAAGGACUCUCCAACUAACAAGCUGCUGUAUGCCAAGGAAAUCCCUGAGUACAAGAAAAGAGUCCAGUGCUACUACAAGCAGAUCCAAGAAAUGGCCCCUCUCAGUGAGCAGGAGAUGAACGCUCACUUGGCCGAGGAGUCAAGAAAGUACAGAAACGAGUUCAACACCAACCUGGCCUUGACAGAAAUCUACAAAUAUGCCAAGAGAUACAGGAACCAGGUGGUGAACGCUCUGGAGGCGAACCCCACCGCACGUCGCACUCAGCUGCACCACAAGUUCGAUCAGGUCGUCGCACUCAUGGAGGACAACAUCUACGAGUGCUGCAGCGAAGCCUGAAACCCGAGGCCCACCCCUGCGUCCUGCUGCCUUCCUCCCGCCCUUCACGGUCACUCGGCGAACGCCACCGAGGAGGAACCGUCCUGGGGGGCCGUGUCUCUCCCACAGACUGUUACUUUAGCAAACAGCGGCAGAGUGAAAGGAUUCGAAGCCGCCUCUAAAUCAUUUCCCACGACACAAACGGAGCCCCCGUCUGGCUCUGAUACCACUUUAGAAGGAAUACGUAGGACUUCAGACAGCAAGCCCUGGUGGCAAUCUUUACACACUGAACCCCCCUCUCCCCGCCCUUUUUGUAAGGGAACGAGCCAAUGAUGCACUGCACUGUAAUAUAAUGUCCAUAGCAAUAUUUAUAGAUGUGUUCUAAUGCUUUCAAGUGGCCUGUUCUUCAGGAUUAGUCGGACCGUGACAGACUCCUCUGAUCUCCUAAAGCCUGCAACGUUCUCAGGUCUGCUUGGUGAAGAUGGGCGACAGACUACCCACUGGUGCUUUAAACGGUUUGUCCCAGCGUGCUUUGCAGGUUGAUGACGGGUUGACGAGGAGCAGAGAGAAGACUAUUAUAUAAAAAGACAGACUGAAAAUUAUUAAAUGAAAUGUUUUAAUGUAGUUCACUGGGAAGAGCUGCAUCAGUAUACAAAUGUUUAAUCAGUGUGCUUGUGAACGGAAAAAGUAUCACGGUGGUUUCUGAUGAAUUUAAAGAGGGAAAUUUACAUUUAAGUAAAUGCUGAGCUCUAUAUAAUCCGAGGUGAGAGUGUAUUUGUGAUGCCAAAAUGAUUUGUUUGUGAAAUAAACUGCAGGAGGAUAAGCAUUUUGAA